AUGGAACUCUUUCAUGCAAAGCUCAUCGCUGCUGCAACCGGGUCCAUGGUCACUGCGCUGACCAUGACCCCUUUUGAUGUUGUUAAAACGCGUCUGCAGACGCAGCCACCACCACGGCCACCACGUCUCUUCCCGAAUCCACCGCCAGGUGCGUGUUGCCAAGCGACACCAGCGUCGUGCAUUCGCAACAUGUCAUCCCUAGUGAGUGCCGUGGAAGGCGAGGUUGUCUGCAUCUGGGACCAUGGCGUCUACAAGACGGAGAGGGUGAACGGCUUCUUCGAUGCUACCAGGCAUGUAUGGCGAGCUGAGGGCAUCGCAGGCCUGUGGAAGGGCGCGGGGACGUCACUGCUCAUUGGUAUCCCCUCGUCAACAUGCUACAUGUUGACGUAUGAUCAUCUACUCAACGACACGCUACCUCCACUACUGCCCUCCUCGAUUGUCCCUCUCACCGCCGGUAUCCUUGCACGAACGACCAUCACGUCACUCAUGUCUCCCCUCGAACUCGUUCGAACGAACCUCCAGUCAACACCGCCGUCGCCCGACCACCCACACACCCUCCGCUCUGUUCUCGCAUCCGUCCGUAGCCUAGCCCAAUCCCAAGGCUGGCAUUACCUCUGGCGCGGCCUUGGUCCCACGCUCUGGCGCGACGUGCCCUUCAGCGGUCUCUACUGGGCCGGCUACGAACUAUCAAAGCACAGGCUAGGCAGGCUUGGAUACGAGGGCGCAGGCGUCGCAUUUGUCAGUGGUGCCGUCAGCGGGACCGCUGCAGCGCUCAUUACAUCGCCAUUCGAUGUCCUGAAAACACGCAGACAAGCUCUGCUACUGUCGGCGACUACUUCGACGACAUCGACAAUAGCUUUGACUGCCGAGAUCCUCCGAACAGAGGGCGUUGCGGCGCUUUAUGCGGGUAUUGUGCCGCGCAUAUCGAAAAUCGCACCGGCGUGCGGUAUUAUGAUUGCUUGCUUCGAGGUAGGUGUCUAG